AUGGGUUCUGCAGCACAGAGUCCCACUCUCCUGCUGCUCUCAGUACUCUUGGCUCUGACACAGACCAAGAAGACCCAUAGUGGCGCUGCACCGCCCCCAGGGUCGCACUCCCUGAGCUAUUCCGUAACGACGGCUGCUUCUCGAAUGGGUCUCCGAGAUCCCCAAGUGUUCAUCGUUGCCUUUGUGGAGAACACGCAAAUCCUGAGCUUCGACAGUGAGGUGGCUAAGGUUGAGCAGCGCGUGCCUUGGGCGAAUCAGAUGGGGCAUAAUUAUUGGGAGUGGGAGAGAGAGGGUAUGGAACAUUAUUCACACACAGCCCGAGAAAACCUGAGAUUUGCGAUCCGGAUCUAUAACCAGAGUGAUGACGGCUCUCAUACCUUCCAGUGUUUCAUUGGUUGUGACGUGAGUCCAGACCGACUCUUGCUACGUGGGCACUAUAGACAUGCCUUUGAUGGCCGUGAUUACAUCAGCCUGAACGAGGACCUGAGAACUUGGACUGUGGCUGACAAGACGGCUCAGAUCACCCAACAACAGUGGGAAGCAAAAAAUGUAGCAGAGAAGUGGAAGAUUUUCUUGGAGAGUUGGUGCGUUGCUUGGCUACUCAAGCACUUGGAAGUAGGGAAGGAGACUCUGCAGCGCUCAGACCCUCCAGAGGCACAUUUAACCCAUCACCCCAGACCUGAAGGUGAUGUCACCUUAAGGUGCUGGGCUCUCGGAUUCUACCCAGCUGAGAUAACCCUGACCUGGAAGAGGGAUGGGGAAGACCAGACCCAGGACAUGGAGCUGGUGAACACCAGGCCUUCAGGAGAUGGAACCUUCCAGAAGUGGGCAGCUGUGGUGGUGCCUUCUGGAGAGGAGCAGAGAUACACAUGCCAUGUGCAGCAUCAGGGGCUGCCUGAGCCCCUCACCCUGAGAUGGGAGCCACCACCUCCUUGGCCCACAAUUGGAAUGACUGUUGGAGUGGUUCUCCUUGGAGUUGUGGUCACUGGAGCUGUGGCUGCCCUUGUGAUGAUGAGGAAGAAAAGUUCAGCAUCUCACACUGUGUCCCAGGCUGGCUUGGGAAUCACUAUGUAGCUGUGAUGGUUAAUCUUCAUUGCCAACUUGACUGGAUUAGAAUCUCCUUGGUGAUUCAGUUCUGGUCACAUCUGUAAGAGUGUUUCCAGAGAUUAAUUAAGGAUGGAAGACCAAUGCUGGGGCCCAAGGAUAAAAUGAAGAACAGGAGAAAGCCAGAUGUGAGGAUGCCUC